AUGCUGCUUCUCCUGCUCAGCUGCAUCCUGCCCCCUGCCAACGGGAAGAGCUGCCUGCACUGCUGGCCAGAGCUGCCCCCGCUGAUUGAUUAUGACCUACAGAUCCUUUGGGGUACCCCGGGGCCCCCCGCAGAGCUCUCCCAGAGUCAAGAUCAUAUGGAGGAAGCAGCAGGAAAGUUAUUCACUCACAUAGAUCAAGCCAUUAAGAAGUUUCAAGAUGACAAAUCAAGGCUCUUGGAAGAGGUCCGUGUCCUGAAGCAGCAGUUUUCCCAGCAGCUGGAGGAGAAAUCUGAGAAGCUAAAGGAGAAGGACAUUAGCUCCACACUGGAGGUCAUCAACUGUGCCAACUGCAAGACACACUUCCUCACCUGCCAGGACCCCACGCUCUGCCCAGGGACCAGGAGGACCUUCGUAUGGGCAGUGAUCCUGGCCCUGGCUCUGCCCCUGGCAGUCCUUGCUGGAGAUGUUACAUUUUCUGGCUGA